AUGGGCCGACCUCAAUUGUACAACUCACCCGAAGAAAAGGCAAGAGCUGCUCAUAUGUACAGACAGGCAUAUAAAAACAGGAACAUGAAAUCUAUAGACCAAAAGCUAUUCACAGUAAUUGGCAACUCAUCCCGUGAUUUCACAGAAACUCUCUGUUGCGCAUUGAUUCAGUGUGAGGAGUCUGAAGUGCUGAAUGCGCUCAUUGAUAUCCUCGCAGCGCUUGAUAUAAUCGAGGAUCUAGAACUAGAGGCACACAAGGUAGGAAGUGCGGUACUCACACAUGUGCGAGAGGUCAGGGUGUCACUACAAGAUAUAAUUGCGUGGGUUAGGAUUGAUAUGGAUGCCUUGGAUGAAGCGUACGAAAAGGGGGAGAUUUAUCACCAAUAUUCUGACAGUAUCUGUUUGAUUCUCCAUUCCCUCUCAACACAGAAACUUCUAUCCCUUUCUGGGUCUCGUAUCCGGGCCCUCAGGCUGUCAUUUAAUGGAUCUGUGAUGGACCAUACACUGGAAUACAUCCCCCUGCCGGUUCCUCACAUCCUCGUUGACUCGUCUAUUUUCCCAGUCUGCACAAUCAUCAUGCUGCAUCCCCCCAUUCACAAAACAGAACAAGCAAAACUUGCAGCAAGUCACGAGAGAUGCCGACAUCAUUACGAAAAAGAUGGUAUAUUGAAAAGGCGACGAGAGCUUCGCCUCACAAAGCCAUCACAGGAGGUACUGGAGAUCCAAAGAGCACUUGCUGUAGCCUUGGGCUAUGAUGAAGAUCCAUCUGAGCUGGAGACAAGUGAUGAUGAGAAUGACGCACUAUCACUAGAUCUCCCAUCAUGCCUACUCGCCUUCAAAAUUAUCAAGGAUGAGAUGUUGGUGCUAAUUGGAGAACCCUGCACAUUUAUGGAGAGUCUCCUCCUUCAGUAUGUCAAAAGCUUGCCAGAUGAUGUGCAUGGCAAGGGCGACACCUCAAUCAUUCAAAAUGCGAAAACUGAGGUCGAACACUUACUCCACCAUGCAACUCAAGUGCAGGAUCAAAUCAUAAUUUUCUGUGGAGUCUCGACUGAGUCUCGUGCUACUGAAUCAGUCUCCUGGUUCUUAAGCACUACACUUGCUUAUAUAGACAAUGUCCAGUAUUUUUUGGAUAUUGAAGGACUCACUGAGUUGACGAUUGCUCACUCAAUGGGAGAGCUGAUGUACCAGAAGGGUAUCUGUAUCUAG